ACUCUUCUUUCCCUGGAAAACACUGAGCACCGCACCCGAUGGGUCGGCGAUCGCGCGUCGUCGCCUAGGCCCCCGUGCCCGCGCAUCGUAUAAAAACGCCCGCCCCCUCCGCCCCGAGACCUUGCCGCCUUCUCCCCCGUCUCCGUCUCCCCGUCCGCACCAGCUCUGCAGCUCAGCCCCAUCAGCUUUACCUCCUCGCACGUCCGACCCGCCGCUUCUCGCGUCGAGGCCGGCCGCGGCCGCGCGCGCGCCACUCUGAAUCCCCAAGACACCAAACCGGACGACCUCGAGAAGGAGAAGGAAGAAGCAUCGGCAACGACGAGCACUAGCAGUCAGCCGGCCGGGCAAGAUUGAUUCCCUCGAGGAGCAGCCGAUGAUGCACGGCGGGAACGGCCACGGCCACGGCCGUGUCCACCCGGCGUCCUCCAGCUCCGACUUCUCCGGCGAGAUGAACCAGUCCGUGUCCGACCCCUCCUCCAGCCCGCUCUACAGCUUCCACUUCGAGAAGCCCGUCCCGCAGCAUCAUCCGCCGCCGGGCGCGUACGUGGUGCAGGUGCCCAAGGACAAGGUCUUCCGCGUCCCGCCGCCCGAGAACGCGCGCCUCUUCGACCACUACACCCGCCGCGCCAAGCGCCGCCGCGGCCGCUCCUGCGCCCGCGUCUGCGCGUGCAUGCUGGCCGGGGCCGUCGCCCUCGCCGUCCUCGCCGCGGCCCUCGCCGGCGUCGCGUACCUCGUCCUCAGGCCGAAGCAGCCGGCGUACACGGUCCAGGCGCUCGCCGUGUCCGGCCUCGCCGGGCUCGGCAACGCCUCCUCCUCCUCCUCCUCCUCCUCCCCGGUUGCGUUCUCGCCGGGGUUCGACGCGACCGUGCGCGCCGACAACCCCAACGGCAGGAUCGGCGUGCGCUACGAGGGAGGCCGGAGCCGCGUCUCCGUGUCGUACGACGGCGUGCCCCUGGCCGACGGCGACGGCGCGUGGCCGGCGUUCUACCAGGGGCCUCGGAACGUGACGGUGUUCGUGGCGAAAGCGAAGGGGUCAGGGAUACGGUUCUCGCAGCGCGUGCGGGGGCAGAUGGCCGCGGCGGAGCGGCUCCGGUCGGUGCCGUUCGACGUGGACGUCGAGGUGCCCGUGCGCCUGCAGCUCGGCAAGGUCAGGACGUGGGCCGUGCCGGUGCGGGUGCACUGCACCGUGACGGUCGACAGGCUCGCCGCCGACGCCAAGGUGGUGUCCAGGUCGUGCGACGUCAAGGUGCACCUCCUGUCGUGGAGGAAUUGACGAUGGCGGAUUACAUGAGCAAAACAGGUUCUUGUUCGUUUUAGGAUGCAUUUUUCCUCAUUUGUAAGUUGGUUUUGAUCGAGCAAUAUGGAUCAUAUCAUCGUAAUAUCAUAUCAUGGAUGCUGUGAAAUUGUCUUGCGA